AUGCGUAACAUAAAAGCGCCAUGUAGUCGCAUACACGUGUCAGAAAAUCCCUCGUCCGUACGCCACCUGUCUCAAAACUCCCAUGUCUCUUCUGGUUCUCUCUCACAUCCACAUCCACCCGUUUUGUGGAUACCCUCCUCCGCACCUGACACCUCUACCUCCAUGGCCAAGCGCCCUUGUCCGUUCUCAUCCAUAUCCUUCUCCUCAGUAACCACCACCACCAACGCCACCACCACUACAAGCUCUAGUAGGCAACCGAACAUGAGCCACCAAGUGGAUAAUCUCCUCCAAACAUUUCUGGACCUAGCAGACUCACCUGCUCUCUUUAUUGACCUCUCCUUCGAGCGUCUCCUCGAUUCCUUCCCUUGCGACGCCGAUCAGUCCCUCCUCAUCGAUCGUGCCCUCAAAUUGGGCUCUAUACUUCUCGAAGCUGGGAAACGCUCCGCUAGAAAACGCUCUUCCAAGCACAAUUCGCUGACCUGGGCUCUACCUCCCGAUAUCACCAUCAAGGUAUUUUCUAUGCUUGAUACACAAAGUUUAUGCUAUGCUGCAGCAACUUGUUCAAUGUUCAACAAAUGUGCCAUGGAUCCCUUGUGUUAUGCCAAUAUUGACUUGACAACAGUAGUCCCUAAAGUCAAUAAUGCAGUGGUGUCCACAAUGAUCCAACGUGCUGGAAAAUCCCUUCAGUCCCUUAAGCUUGGUAUAGUUCCAGGUCCAACUGUGUAUCCUGGACCUUGUCAACCAUUAGUUUCUAGCAUCAGGAAUUCUGUUGACGCAUCUAACUUUUCAUGGAAUGACAAAAAGUCCAGACAAGGCAAAGAAUCUUCCAUUCUCACUAGAUCCUGCCUAAACCCUUUGAGCGGGGAUAGUGGUGCUGCAGGAACACUUUUGAGGAGGUUGCAACUUUACAAUAUUGAAAGAAUGGAUAACACUUCACUUUGUGGAGCAUUGUCAGCCUGUCCAUCUCUCCUUGACCUGGAAAUUGUUGGCCUACACGUUGAGUUGAGGCAAACAUUGGUGUCCGUGAGCAUGAAUUGUCCCUUGAUAGAGCGUUUGUUUUUUGAGUCUUCGAAAACAGGAAGAGAUGAGAGUCUGAAAUCGCCAACCUGUGUGGAUCUAGUAAAUAAUUGCCCAAAAUUAACCUCACUGGCUCUCAGAGGGUUUAAGCUGCAUGAUUGUAAAGUUCGCAUACUUGUGAAGGGAUUUCGCAAACUAAGUUAUGUUGAUUUUUCAACAUCGUAUUCAAUCACUGGAAAUUUUUUGAGGAACCUGGGAGGUAGCACCGGCGGGAAUCUUCUGGAAGUUCUGAUUUUACGAGAUUGCAUGCAUCUCAAAGAGGUUGAAGUUGCUCGUCUAUUGAUGGCAGUUAUUGCGGGAGACUUUAAGUUUCUUCGACAUCUUGAUGUAUCCAACAGGGAAGGUUUAGCUUCUGAAGGUGACUGGUACCAGAGAUGUUACAGUUCGAGUAUCAUACCUAUAAAGCAGGUAUUAGAAGCAAGGCCUGAUAUCUGUUUGCUGGCCGAGUUUCCACCAGAGGGAAGUUUUAUUGACAUAGAACAAAUGAUUGACAGCGAGCUAAAUAGUGAAGUCAGCCUGCCAUCACAAUUGAGCAGUCCCACAUCAGAUGGUUCGUCGUUCAUGAGUACAUCAGAAAGCAGCUAUAAUAGUGACCAGAGUAGUGGCAAUGAGGAGAGUAGAGAGAAUCGUUAUGAGGAAAGUUCGGAUGAGGUCUAUUUUCUGGUUGUCUAGUUGAAACUUUGAAGUAGCAGAAUCAAUGGGCAGCAAUGGAUUGGGGAUGGGGCUUUUGUUUAGGCUAGCUGAAAGUGAACCAUGGUUGAUGUAUCGACUUGUGGACAUUUUUCAUGCAUGCCAUCUCCUCUAUCUCGGCUAUAGUUGAUGCCUGUGGAUUCCUGAAGCUGUUGCUAUUCUCAGGAUUUGCUAAUUCAGUUGAGGGCCUUGACUUUGUCUGAUGAAAUGACUGUAAAAAGGCCUAUGAUGAUUUUUGCCCCCUUACCCUAAAUUCUCCUUUUAUUUUGAUUUCCAUCUAAUUUUUGUUCUUAGGGGUGAAGCUAUCUCCAGUUUAAUUUUUUGGGUCCAGGAAAUGGGAUGAUUGAAUAUUUUGUUAAUCAUCCAUUACAACUUUGGCUGACAUGCAGGCAAAAUUAAUCAUAUGUAAGGAAAUAUUGAUGUGCCUA